AUGACUUCUACUACCCUGCGCGCCGUGACGCAUCGUCUGACGACUACUCCAGUUGAUCAAUUGCCACCUAUUGCUUCCUUCCUUGCGACUUCGUUGACUGAUUGCGCCGCAUUGCUGUCUGCUCCGCAAGCCCAGAAAGGCAAAUCCGAGUCCGACAAUGCGGUUCAGAUCCAUAAGUUGAAGACUCGGCUGGCAAGUCUGCUGCAGGACCGCACUAUUGAAGGAAGAUGGACAGCUGUUGUGCUGGUGAAAGCUACCGUCGAGGCUGGUCAAUGGGAAAUCUUGCGCGGAUAUGAACCAAUUGUUCGCGGUUUGAUCAGCAUUCUGGCUAAGCCUGAUCCAAUCUCCACGAGGAAGAUGUGUGUUAUUACUCUCACUCGUAUCUUCCACCUCACAUACCAGUACCCAACGCUCGUCCGAGAAAUCACCACUCCGCAAUUGCCAGGAUUCAUCACUGCCGUCUUGAACUUGGUUUCUGUAAAUACGAAGACGUCUUCAGGUUCGACACGCAAGCCGAAGCCAAACACCCCAUUCAUGGAAAUUGUGCUAUGUGCCUUGCUGGAGUUGAUCCCCAGACAUGCCACCAUCUUCCGUCCAUUCGGCUCUCAGCUUCGAACCCUGCUCGCUGAGGUUGUCGGUACUUCCUCGCCUGCCUUUUUCCCGGAGCAUGUCGUCGAUUUGGCAGAGCAGGUUCUUGUCUCCCUUCACAAGUGUGCACCAAAAGACAAGGCUGGCUCCGGAUGGAACGAUGAUUGUCGAUCAACAAUUCUGUCCAUCCAUCGGACAGCAGAUCAAGUUUACCGCGCAGUGGUGGAACAAUGGGAAUCGGUUGACGCGAAACUAGUGUCCACCAGGUCAAAUUAUAGCGAAGAAAUGAGCGAUAAAGGACCAGAUGGUCUGGGGCUUCCAGGCUGGACAGGAUUGCACUCGGGCGUGGAUCGGCUGGUUGCACUUCUGAGAAUUCUUUCGGGCUUUAUUUCUUCUCCGUCCGCGGCUGCUGUUGCUCUUCCUCUGGGAUCUAUUUUGGAUUUGACAUCCCGACUUACGUCUGUGACUGUCCCGCUAAACGGCGAGUCCCAGACCGGCAUCCAAUUUAACCAGGAAAUUGGACGGGAAGAACGAGAGGGCCUUUGGCUGGAGCUUCCUCGUAUUCACAUCGCUUGUAUGGGUUUGCUUUCCAAGGUUGUUGGAGUGUUGGAGACCAGCGCUACUUCAGUAACCCAGACCAUUUUGGAGCAGGCCGUUUGGACUUUCCGGGGUGAGACCUUCAGCAAAGAUGUGCGCUCUGCAGUCUACGCAUUGCUGCGUUCCCUGGUGCCUUUGAACGGGCCCGCAAUGUCUAAGCAGAGUGUGGCAUCUCUGGUAAGCGUGAUUCGCUCCUGCUGUCAUGAUCUUCUGCCGCCGACUGGAGAUUCUACAGCCAACUCGGGCUCAGAUCCGAAAACGAAGUCAAAGGGCGGUCAAGCUACUACAGCUAACGCCGACGCUUUCUUGAAUCCUGAGCUACAGAAGUCUCGCCAGGCGCAGUCGGCUUCUCCAUUUUUGAAUCUUCAACAAAACGCCUCGGGCCUUUUGCAGGCUGUACUUAAUUCUGUUCCCGCUGAGCUUGUUCCUCCGUCCACUCGCGCUGAGAUUGACCGCACCAUAAUCUUGACCUCGGACAAAGAUGCGAUGCUCGCUAGCGUCCUCAACCCUGUGCCUGCAAUCAAGGGCCGUGGAGCAAGCUCGAGCAUCAUUCCAUUCUUGGCUCGCACUUACGCCGAUCAGAUGGAAGUGGAGGCGUUGGUCCGCCCCAGGAUGCCUGUGUUGAUGACAGCUCCUGAACUGGACGCUUAUGUUGAUGAGGACCAAGACGAAGACGAAGAGAUGGCCGAUGAUGUAUACACUGCUCCCCCGACUUCUGACUUCAUGAAGCAGCCAGUGUCGAUGCCUCUGCAAAUGCCCAAGGUAGAGCAAUCGAAGGCUGCCGAUCCAUUGCCCGCUUUCCACAAGCGCACCUUUACUGAGGAAUCAACUGCUCAUGGGCAUGAUUUCCAGAAGCAGGAUACUAAGAAGGCACGAUUUGAAGAAGUCACCCCGGUCCCUCAAGCGGAUUCCACAAUCACUCAGACUGAGGCUCCCAGAAUCUCAGUUCAGGUCACCACCACCACGACCUCCGCGAAUGGCUCAGCAGUGGCCUCGCAGCCUGCUGCCGCAGGAGCUGACGAUGAGAGCGAUGACGAAUUGCCCACUCUGAACAUGGACUCUGAUACUGACGAUGAGGAUGACGAUGUUACGAUGGAGGGUUAG